GCGGCCCCUUCUCCCUCUCUCGUGGCACUUUGCUGUUUCGCAUCCUUGCGGGAACCGUCUUCUCCAAACGUAGCCUAAUUGAGCAAAAGCGAAUAAGAUGUGCACUCACGUUUCGCAGCUUGACCGAGAACAACUCAUCGAGAAACUCAAGAUCUUCAAGAUCCAGGGAAGAGACAAGCAUGGCCGCAAGAUCCUUUGCAUUAUAGCCAAAUUCUUUCCAGCUCGGUUUCCGGGUGUGGAUGUGCUUAGGAGUUACUUGGAGGAGAAGAUCUAUCCUUGCAUAGGGAAUAAGCCGUUUUCUGUGUUGUAUGUUCAUACCGGAGUUCAAAGAAGUGAGAAUUUUCCUGGAAUCUCAGCCUUACGAUCUGUCUACGACACGAUACCUAUCAACGUCAAGGAUAAUAUCCAGGCCGUUGACUUUGUCCAUCCAGGCUUACAGGCCAGGCUCUUCCUGGCCACCUUUGGCCGCCUUCUCUUCAGCGGCCGGUGAGGCGCAUUUUAAUAUUUUUCUGUAUUAAGCCUUUUGUUUACUUAUUACCAAUGAGGGCGGCAGUGGGAUUGGAUUGACUCUCUGUGGGACCCUGUAAAGAGGAAUGAGGUUGAAAUUCCUGAAUUUGUUCAUGAUCACGAUGAGGAUUUGGAGUGCCGUCCGAUGAUGGAUUAUGGAUUGGAAAGUUAUCAUUCUAUGUACGGUCCACCCACGAUGGAUUCUCCUGUGGCUGUGUACUCUAUGAGGUGUAUAUCGUAACGUAAAUUAAAUCGGAAAAAACAAUGAUUGAAUUUUUGUUGUUGGGCCGUAGCCCGUAGGCUUAUAGUGAGAGAAAGAAUGGCGAGGUGCCUCUUAAUUUAAUGUAUAUUAGAGCUUAGACCAGGAUGAGAGAGAGAAACAGAGAUAUUGACGUAAUUUUCUUAGUUUUAUAUUGGGUUAGUUAUAAGAUAAAUUGUUAUUUUUUGUUAGAUUUCAAGUUGAAUACCAAGGCUUCCAAGG